AUGAAAGGCUACAAGGUAUUCAAGAAGCCUUAUCUUCUUAUAGAAGAUAUCCAGAACAAGCACCAGCCAUUCUAUAAAGAGUAUACGAAUGGAAAUGCCCCGAAACUACAUCUAGACAGCCCGGCUCUUUGCUGUCCAUACCAAGCGGCAAAGAGGUACAAACAACCUGGAAAAAGAAGGCAGACAAGAGAAGGAUUUUGUGAAGUUUGCUAUGUGAAGUUUAGCAACUAUGAAGAGCAUGUCAAGGAUUUUGAGCAUAGAGUGUUUGCAAAAGAUAGCACAAACUACCGUAAGCUCGACAUGUUUAUUUCCACAACAGUGUUUGAGAAAAUAGAUCCAUCAGAAGAUUGCAUUCCACAGUCUCCGACAUUCAAGUUGACGCCAAUCUCGAGCGGGCGAAGCUAUGUAGGCUUCCGCCGCAGUGAGGACGAAAAGUGUGCACAAACAUUGCAUUUUUCGUUGGCGAGCACAGAAGGAGACAUUCAGCAAGAUACGAUGCCUUUUGAGCAUUUUAUUGCAGAAGUAUUUGAUAAAUAA